AAUGUGAUAAAUACGUUAACAGAAAAUGAAAAACGGUUUAUCUCUCUCUUUAUUUACUAGCUUGUUAUUGCUAAAAGCAAUAAUACCUGUCUUUUUAUCCAUCUCUACAAAUAAACACAGAUUUAGCCCAGGCUGCCUCCCAGGCUCCCUCUGGAGGGUGCCACUCACUCUUGUUUUUACCACAAGAAAAAGGUUCCCUGAGAGAAUAAGGAGUUUGUUUAUAAAGUGCUUCCAUGGGCCAAAGCUGCAGCCUGAGUGCGAACAAACCUGUGGGUUCAGUCACCAGCUGCAGGGCUUUCCCUUUGGGUUCUAAUCAGAAACCUCCCUCCCAUCCCACAGCUGCAACCUAUAUAAGAGAUUGGGAGAAGGGGCUCUUUUUUUUCCCCUUGAAUGUUUUAGGGGAGGCAUUUUUUGGCCGCAGCCCUAAGGAGCAUGGAGAGUACGUGGAGAAUUUGCGUUUGCUUCUAUUGUUGCUUCCACUGGCUUUCUUCCACCACCCAGUGCUCCCCCCACUCCAGGGGCCGUGCAGCCUCUGACAGGACCUCGGGGUUACUGGUGGCUCCCGAGGACACCACCAGUGAGCUAAAUCCCUUGCUGCAGCUGCCAAAAGGCAUGAGACGCGACUAUGCCCUCCUGCCUCCCCUUCUCAAGGUGCUGUCUGACUGGGGACCCCAGAGCUGGGAGAGCGAUGUCCCCAGGCUGCGGCCAGACUCCAGAGCCCUUCGGUACAUGAAGAGGCUGUAUAAGAUGUCUGCUACCAAGGAGGGAAUCCCAAAGGCUAACAAAAGCCACCUCUAUAACACUGUUCGACUCUUCACCCCGUGUUCUGAAUGCAAGCACCGCCACAGGGACCUUAUGAAAGGAGAUGUUCACUCAGUGGAUUUACUUUUCAACCUGGAUCGUGUAACUGCUCUAGAGUACCUGCUCAAGUCUGUCUUGCUCUAUUCCUUUGACACAUCAGUGCCCAUUUCUCCUUCCCUUACGUGCAUGUGCCAUUUAUCUGUCAAGGAACAGGCCUCUUCUGGCCAAGUGUGUCCCAGCAUUUCGCAUUCUAUAGCUUUUAGCCUGCACCUCGAAGUUAAAAAACGCAAGUGGGUUGAGAUUGAUGUGACUUCUUUUCUCCAGCCUCUAAUUGCUACUAAGAGGAAGAAUAUUCAUAUGGCUGUGAACUUCACUUGUCUGAUGGGUGAUCCACAACAGAACACUAAAUUGGAAAAUCCUGUUAAUAUGGCACCGGUUCCCCCUUCUCUUCUUCUGUAUCUGAAUGAUACCAGUGAGCAAGCUUACCACAGGUGGAACUCACUUAGACACCUAAGGAAAAACCCCGGGCGGCCCAGGCAAAGGAAUGGUCUGCAUGUUGAUCCCACAGGUGACGUAGGAAAAGAGCCUUCACAGGGUAAACGGGCCUCUCGACAGCGAAGAGAUGAGAAUCUGAAAGAAGACCCAGCAACUCAACCUUAUAAUUUGAGCGAGUAUUUCAAACAAUUCCUGUUCCCUCAAAACGAGUGUGAGCUUCACAACUUCCGCCUAAGCUUUAGCCAACUCAAAUGGGACAAAUGGAUCAUAGCACCACACAGGUACAGCCCUCAGUAUUGCAAAGGUGACUGCCCACGGGUGGUUGGGCACCGCUACGGCUCGCCGGUCCACACAAUGGUUCAGAACCUCAUCUAUGAGAAGCUGGACUCCUCGGUCCCAAAGCCCUCCUGUGUUCCUGCCGAGUACAGCCCGCUGAGUGUCCUCACCAUAGAGCCCGAUGGCUCCAUCGUCUACAAAGAGUAUGAGGACAUGAUUGCUACCAAGUGCACUUGUCGGUAGUGGGUGAACCCCAAUUGGUUUUACUCCAGGUUUGGGUAAUUUUGCAUUCCUGCAGCAUCUGUUGCUAUAAUUAACUCAACGGUGUUUGUGUAAUUCUAACUGCUCUGUAAAAGUGGCUGGGAUUUAGCACAGAGUUAGUAGAAGGGGUUUACAUCACAGCACUUACUUUUGUAGCCACUCAGCCUAUCUAGAAUGUGAAAUUAAAUGUAAAUAGUAUCUUUUUAUUGGAUUAAUUUUGCAUUUAAAAUGUGGGAAAGCUUUCAUCUGCCAGAUGUCCAUUUUAAGCUGUUUUGCUACAGAUGUUAAAGAAAUAAAUGCUUCUUGUGCAUAGCCCCCGCAUUCAGUGCCUGCUAGUCUUCCUCCACGUGAAGAAAUCUUGUGCGAUGUCUCCAGCAAGUGUAUAGGAAAAGAGGGAAGACUUUAAUGUCAAGAUUACUUUCUCAGUUUCUCAUUUCUUUCCCCUACCACAUUUCCAGUUCCCCCAAGCAUGGUGACAGCUCUGUAAGAUGUCACAAGGUGCCCUCUUGCUUCCCUUCUGUUGAGCUUUGCAGUCUUUCUUCUACAGCAGGCGCUAAGGGUUUAAGGGCAGCUCUGUGGUUGCUCCUUAAAGCUCACACUGCUGAGGGAGAACCAGCAGCUGUUCCCACCACAAACAACCGAGCCAGGUUCAAGAACAAACAGAAGCUGGUCAGGGGGUGAGGGCAUGGGCUCUGGGGACACCUGAGAGCAGCUUCCAGGUGAGAGGAGGAGGGGCUCUGGAUCAAGGAGUGCAGGGAAAGGAUGAGGGGGAAGGAUUUGGGGCUGAAAGAGGGGAGAUUGAGGCGAGAGCUUGGGAAG